AUGGACGAUUACUUGUUUCGAUAUUAUGUUGAACAAUGUCGCGUUGUUAAAGAAGAUACCAGCUAUGUAGAGAUUUUCAACUACUCGGACCCGUUCUAUAAUAUCUGCGAGGAGCAUCCUUUACCAGACGAUGAGUUUGACAACUUCAUCCAUCAGAGGGGCGCCUUUUCACCACCUCACAAUAUGAGGUCUGACACUAAGCUGCUUAGUGGUGUUAGAUUAAUAGUCCAAAAGAAUGCCAAGAAUCCUGAUACUUUUCUUACAAAGGUCAUCUCACUGCCGGCGGAAAAGUACAAAUCCAUGGUUCGUGCCAUGAACUUGCCAUAUCGAGGAAUCGAAACCACCUCCACAGUUGGUCCCUUUUUCUGGUGUGCUCAUGAUCAAGACGACGACGAUCCACAUCUGCAAAUCGUUCAUCGCAAGUCAGAUGUCCUCAAGAAAGGCAGAACCAGAGGCUGGGAAGUGCUCUUGUCCUAUUCUUUCAAGACCGGCAUCACGACUGGCUUCAUCAAAGGCACUCCAAGUUCAGAAGUUGAAAAGUCCUUACUUCACCUCAAAGCUUGUGCCGACCAAGUUGGACAUCCCAUGCUGCUUCCCAUCAUCAUCCUCACAUACGAUCUGUCUCCAGAAAAUGACGAGAAACAGCGCAAAGCUCGACACUGGCUACGCCGACUCGAGAAUGCCGUUAGUCUACGCAAUGAAGUCGAGGAACAGGAGCAGUAUUUCCAAAACGGUCUGAUUGAUAUCGAUGGAUUAAAUCGCGACCUGGUAGAGUGUCAUGGCAAUGUUAUGUGGAAACGGCCUCAGGCUUACGAAGCACUUGUCAAGGAGAUGGAGAAGGCCAUGGAAAACUUUCGAUUUGCGUGGCUGACACUGGCUCCUGCUGCUGAGAAACAAGAUGAAGCUGAACGCAAGCAUCGAAAGGAUCUCGAGAAACUGCAUCGAAGCAUGGUAUCCCGCUUGGACUUUUAUAAAGUUAAGCUCAAGGGUUUGGAGAACUAUAUUCACACCACCCUCGAGAGACUCAAGGUUCAACGCGAGGCGCUCUACAACAUCAUAUCGCAGCGGGAGGCAAGACUGAACCUCGAGAUUGCAGGAGAGCAGAGGCGAAUAGCUCACGCUAGCAAGCGAGACAGUACGGCUAUGAAGACAUUGUCGCUUAUGGGUGCAUUGUUUCUGCCAGGAACAUAUCUUGCUUCCGUCUUCAGCAUGACCUUCUUUGACUUUGGCAAAGAUGCUGACCCUGUCAUUUCUGUUGAACUCUGGGUUUACUUUGCCAUAACGGUUCCUGUUACAGCCCUGAUCGUUGGCUGUUGGAUGUUUAUUGACAGACGCCGUCAAGAGCAGCACAAGAAGGAUGACGCAGACCUGGAGAAGAACAUCGACCAGAUGGAGAAAGAAAUCAUGUUUGCACUACGGAAGCGGACGAUGAGCAAGGCUAAUACCUGGAACACUGUCAGUCCGCCUCCGAAACCUUAG